UAGAUAACGCCACAGCGGCCCGUGACACAUCAAGGUAACAAAUAUUAUGCCCUUAAGCCCCUCUGGUUUAAGCCAAGAGUCAAGUCCGCUUGACGUUUUGAGUUUUCACAAGCCACCGCCAUCAUAACAACUUGGAGAAUUAAAGGCUAGUGGAAUCUAAACUUAACAACCGACUGCCGUCGUUCGUCUCUUACCUGCCCGUAAGCGUGAAUUGUCCUUGUUGUCAUUGUUCACACAUUGUGCGAGAAGAUGAGCGUCGACAUGGUGGAAGAUGGUCAGGACGAGGAGAAUUCAGAAUAUGGCGGAUGCGAGGGUCCAGAUGCCAUGUAUGUCAAAUUAAUAUCAAGUGAUGGGCACGAGUUUAUUGUCAAGCGAGAGCAUGCCUUGAUGUCAGGCACAAUAAAAGCUAUGUUAAGUGGUCCUGGUCAGUUUUCAGAAAACGAAACAAACGAAAUUCAUUUCAGAGAGAUACCCUCUCACGUUUUACAAAAAGUUUGUAUGUACUUCACAUAUAAAGCUCGUUAUACAAACAGCUCAACUGAGAUUCCCGAGUUCCCUAUUCCACCACAAAUCGCUUUGGAACUUCUGAUGGCAGCCAAUUUUUUGGAUUGUUAAUGUUGAGUAAUAAAAAUGGAUAUUUACAAAUUAUUAUAAUCACAGAAUUUAAACAACCAAGCUUUUGAAACAUAUUUAUCUUAAACUUAAAUAAAUAAAUGAUUCGUAAUUGA